UGUCGCUUCUUAACAUACACAACUAAAGAUAUCGUGACGUCAUGUUCCCGCAAAAUUUGUCGCCGCGUUAUUCAAUUGUUUCAAAAUGCAAACAAGCUGGUCUAAGUAAGCUUGGCAUGGCUCAGCAUGGCUUGGCAAUCUGCGUAUAAACAGUAGUGCUUGUAUUGAUAGUCAAGAGACGUAAACUAAAAAGCUCAGAUCUAUUGUAAGAGAGGCAGAGUUGGCAGAGAAAAUCAAUCAAUCCUGACUGUAUCAUCCACACUGAAAUCAUUUGACCAGGUUGUUUAACUAGACCCUUGUGCCAUCUUAGCUCAGUUGUCACUGCUUGCGACAAUUCAAUAAGAGCCCUGGUAAAAGAAGAAUGGAGAACAAAGCACCCAGAUAGCAAUUUGCAUGCAGAUUGGCAGCAGACUCUGCUAGAAUCUGUCUACAAAUCCGUAGCCAUCUGUUUCCGCAUUUGGCUGCGUUUCUGCAAACAGAACCUGCCGACAGAAUCAUACAGCAGAUUGGCGUCAGAAACCGAGCAGAUCCUGCUAACAUAACCUGUUGCCAAAUUGGAGGCAGAAACAGAACAGAGUCUGCGCGCAGACUGUGAUGGCAGAUUUGCGGCAGAUUGGCAGCAGAUCCUGCAACUUCAGCCAUUUAAAUUUUAAAGGGAACAAUGAAGUUGCAGGAUCUGCUGCCUUUCUGCGCGCAGACUCUGUUUUUUGUUUCUGCCGCCAAUUUGGCAACAGAUUAUGUUAGCAAGAUCUGCUCGGUUUCUGACGCCAAUUUGCUAUAUGAUUCUGUCGGCAGGUUCUGUUUGCAGAAACGCAGCCAAAUGCGGAAACAGAUGGCUACGGAUUUGUAGACAGAUUCAAUCAGAUCUGCUGCCAAUCUGUAUGCAAAUUGCUAUCUGGGUAAUUACGCUGAUUCUCUACCACGUGACGUCAGAAUUCCUUACAGUACAAAACCUUAUAACAGGAAUCCGACAGAAUCUGCUAUGCCCAGGUUAGGCUAUAAGGGUGGCUGGGACCUUAUUACCUCAAUGGAUUUUGCUGCUCACAAGGCUAAUAUGAUGUCGGAGAUGAAAUUUAUGGGUGCUACAACAUAUCUGAAAACAGAAAAGGCUCGCCCGAAUCUGCCGGCGGACCUGAUGUAAAUAUAUGAGGGGUUCAACCCAUGGCAAACGUUGAGCAUGCUAUUUCAAAAGCAUAAGGAGAUGGCUCAGAACAUCAAAGCUUCUCCUGAUUUUUUGGAGUCAGUAUCUGGUGAAGUCAUGGAUGUAGAUCAGGGACGCUCAGUCUUGGUCUACACAACCAACGAGCCUUUCCAUCGUGACAUCGAAUUUGUCUGCUGGAUGUUCCUCACCAAUAAAGCAUCCCAUCCUUUCAACAUUCUAAAGUACAAAUAUGGUAUCAACACGGCAAAAAUAAAGCCAGGUGUUUCCUUAAAUUCAGAGAUCAUCACUGUUCGACGUAUAGCAGCUUGUUUCCCAAUGGUGACUGUACGACUUUUCCUUCAAAGACAUGUGCAGAGCAUCUUUGAACCCUCAAUGAUUUUUGGGGAUCUGGAGAUACCCCGUGCCAUAUUUGCUCCUAUGAUGGCUUUCUGUAUACCAUCCAAUUUGAAAGUAUUCCAAUCUAUAUUGUUCGCAGUGUCUGUUGCCAGAGACUAUGUUCUUCAUCCAGAGGGCCAGAGGACAAAACUAAAACAUCUUGCACAGUUUCUUAAAGCCUCUUUCAGUUCCACUACUCUGGUAGAGGUGUACCAAAUGAAUAUAUGCAGACACUGGGGUCUUCUACUGAAGAAUAAUAAACCUGCUCCAUUUGCUGAGGCAGCUAGACUAAAAGCUCUGGAGUAUGUUCGGCGAGCGAGGGUCGGUGAUCCAGAUUUGGAACAGGUUUUAGCUUCCAUAUUCUGUUAACCACAUAUGUUAUUUAGCGAAUCAUUAUUGCCAUUGUAUUGAUUUCUUCUCCGGAUCGACCACUUUAUUUAAAAAUAAU